UCUCUUGACAAGAAGACUAGGUGUGACAGCUUUAGACAAUCAUCUCAACAUAAGGGAGUUUUUCAGUUGAAGUUGUAGGUUGUCUCUCUUUUGCCACAAGACAAGGCCCAGAAUUAACUGUCUUCCACCUGCUAUUUUGGUAUUCAGCACAUUAAAACUAUGAAUUACAGGACAGUUGUAAUGUACACUGAGAUUGGUUCCUUUGUGACCUGUGUGGUUGGAUGGAUUUUGGUUUGUUCCACCCUGCCAAUGGAAUACUGGACAUUCUCAGAGGUCGCAUCUACAGUCAUCACUACCGAUCACUUCCAUUCCAACCUGUGGAAAGAUUGUACUACUGAUUCAACUGGAAUGGUUGACUGCAAGGAGUUUCCAACAUUACUUGGUUUGCAACCUUAUAUCCAUUUGUGUCGAGUUCUAAUUAUCAUCUCUAUAUUACUGGGACUAUUUGGAGCCAUUCUAGCCCUGGUAGGGAUGAAGUGCACCAAACUUGGAGGGUCAGAAGUUGCAAAUGCGAGAGUUACCUUUGUGGCAGGAAUUAAUUAUCUCACAUCAGGUCUUUGUUCUAUUUUUGCUUACAGCUUAUAUGGAUAUAAGGUUGUUGUGGAGUUUUUUGAUCCCAACUAUUAUGCACAAAAGUUUGAGCUUGGAGCAGCACUCUAUUUUGGGUGGAGUGGGUCUGUCCUUCUCAUUAUUGGGGGACUGAUUUACAGCAUCUUUGGAGGAAAGGAGGGCUUCCAUUUAAGCUCAACCACUAAAGAGCAACUAACAUAUUCAGCAUAUGACACACGUUCUUCUGAAGUAACAGUGCCAAACAAACAAGCAACCAAACAUCCAUCUUCAUUUCGUCCUCAGAUUGAAAGCAAGACGUCUGGGCACACCAGCAGGGUUAAAGGCUAUAAGAAGAAUGACUAUGUUUAGUUUAUUCCUGUGUUAUUUUCAUUCUGGUGAGAAAUGGUGACAAAAUUUUCAAAUGUACUUUCAAUUAAGAGCGUAUUUCUUUCCUGAGUUUAAUUUGCUUAGUAGUGAAGUUGAUAAAAAAAAAAAAUAUUGGAUAUCUUGGUAAAUAGUCAUUAAAUUGAUUUUCUGAAAGCGAAAACUAUGGCGCUGCACCAGAUCCCAAAUUAGUGAUUAAAAGCAUGCAUUUCUACUAGAGUUGUCAGAUCAUCAUAAUUUAAUCCAACUGCUCUGAAAGCAAACAAACUUACAGUUGCUAAUAGAUAUAAAUUAGUUAAUAUGUCUUAUCGCUAAUGUCUUACCAAUUCCUAUGAAGGUGCAAAUGUUUACCACUGAUGUUAGCUUUAUUGGUGUGACCUGAAGAAGUCCACAGACAUGGAAUUAAUUAAUAUACAGUGUCAUCUACUAAUAUUUACACCCUUGGUAAAUAUGAGAAAGGCUGUGAAAAAUUGUCUCUCUAUUGUUUAACCUUUUGAUCUUUUGUUAAAAAAAAUUCUCAAAAAGACUCUGCUCUCAUGGACAGCAAAUAAUUGCAAACAAAACACAGGUUUAUUAAAAUAUCUUUGUUAAAUAUAGGUGUGCAACCAUUAUUGACACCCCUAUGAAUUCGUAUGAGAAAAUUAUAAUUGAAGUUAUUCCCAUUGAUUCCCUAUUCCCAUUGAUAUUUUACAUUUUUUUUUAGUACACUUGGGUGACUAGGAACAGGAAAUUGUUCAACCAUGACUUCCUGUUUCACAGGGGUAUAAAUAUGAGGUAAAACAUAGGUCAAAUUUCCUUAGUCAUUCAUAACAAUGGCAAAGACCAAUAAAUAUAGCUGUGAUGUGCGGCAAAAUGUUGUUGAGCUUCACAAAAUGGAAGGUUGCUUUAUUGAAAUAGGCCCAGGACUUAGUUCAUUUGUGUUUCUGUUUAUACCAAGUGAUUACUUUUUUUUUUUUUUUUUUUACAUUAAAGGGUCAUAUUACCCAUUACUGAUUUUGACAAAAAAUUAUAUCUUAGCAAGUGAAGAUUAAAUUAAUUUUAUCUUAAAUAAAGGAAAGGUUAUCUAAUAUUUCUCAUUAUGAGAUUAUUAUAUAACAAAUAUAACACAAUUAAUAAUAAUUCCUUAGAUUCAUAUAGUGCUUUUCUAGGUACUCAAAGUGCUUUACAUUGUAUGGGGGGCGUCUCCUCAAGCACCAUCAGUGUGCAGCAUCCAUCUGGAUGAAGCAACGACAGCCAUAGUGCACCAGAACAGCCCACCACACACCGGCUAUUGGUGGAGCAGAGAGAGGAGUGAUAUAGCCAAUUCAAGGAUGGAGAUUAUUAGGGGGCCACACAAUUAAGCCUAUUUCUAUACAUAUUUAAUAACUUCAAGCUUAAAAUGGUCUUAUUCUAUUGGCAGAAUUUUGUUUCCUUCUAGAAAUAAAUUCAAUAUUCCCCUCCAAAAGUACUGAAACAAAAGGCUAAUUCUAUUGUUUUUGCUAUACAGUGAAAACAUUUGGCUUUGAGAUCAAAAGAUGAAUAUGAGACCAUAGAGCAUAAUUUCAGCUCUCAUUUCCUGAUAUUUACAUAUCUAGAUGCAUUAAACAACAUGAAACCUUUGGUGGCAGACCAUCUAAUUUUCUGGUGAGCAAAAGUAAAGGAACAGAUACUCUUAAAGCAAAUUAAAGUAAAUAACACGUAAUAUUUGGUUACAUAUCCCUUUGCUUGCAAUAACUGCAUCAAGCCAGUGAUCCAAUUACAUCCACAAACUAUUGCAUUCUUUGGGGUGGGGUUAUCUCUUCAAUCUCCUCUUCAGUAGCUGAAAUGCAUGUUCAAUUGGAUUAAUGUCUGGUUAAUGAUUGACUUGGCCGGUCUAAAACCUUCCACUAUUUCCCCCAUGAUGAAGCCCUUUCCUGUGUUGGCAGUAUGUUUUGGGUAAUUACUCCCAAUUAGAUUGGAUGCAUUUCUCUGUAAAUUGUCAGACAGAAUAUUUAUGUAGACUUCUGAAUUCAUUCUGCUGCUACCAUCAUGAGUUACAUCAUCAAUAAAGAUUAGUGAGCCUGUUCCAGAAGCAGCCAUGCAAGCCCAAACCAUAACAUUACCUGCAACGUGCUUGACCGAUGAGCUCAUAUGUUUUUGAUCAUAAACAGAUCCUUUCUUUCUCCACACUGUGGCCUUUCCAUCACCUUGGUAAAGGUUAAUCUUGGUUCCAGAACAUUUGUGGCUCAUCUCUGUAUUUAUUUGCAAAUUCCAAUCUGAUGAGUUGUCCUUCUAAUUCUUACUGCUGACAAGUGGUUUGCAUCUUGUGGUAUGGCCUCUAUAUUAUAAGCCGACUUUGAACAGUGGAUUGUGAGACCUACAUCCCUGCUCUGUGGACUGUUGUUUUGGAAUUUUUUUUCACAGUUCUCAUAUUGUUCCUGUCAUCAACUGCUGUUGUUUUCAUUGGCCGACCUGUUUGAUGUCUGGUUGUUAGUACACCAGUGGUUUCUUUAUUUUUCAGGACAUUCCAAAUUGUUGUAUUUGCUAUGUUCAAAAUGGCUUGCUUUUCUUCCAUAGACAGCUCUCUGUUCUUCAUGUUGGUUCAUCCUUUUUAACAACAAAUGUUGUAUUCACAGGCACAACCCAGGGCUCAAACCAAGCGUAUAUCUUCGGAGCUAUUAAGUGUACAAAAAAAAAUCUCUUACAGGGCAUACCUGGGCAACAAGAAAAACCUGUCAGUCACAUGUUCCAAUAUUUUUUUUUAUCAAUAUUUAUGAUAUAUUGCCUCAUAUUCAUCUUCUGAUCUCAAACCAGUAUAUCUUCAAAGCAAAAAGUAUUGGCCUGGCCAUUUCAAUCAUUUCAGAGGGGACUGUAUAUGAAAUAAGCAAAUUAUCUGCCAAUAGAAUAAAACAUUUUAAAAGCUUGAAAUAAGUUUUCAUAAAAAUGUAGACAUAGGCUUUAUAAUCUUAAAUUGACAUUUAUAAAACUAAUAAAAAGAAAUAUUAGUUGAAUUUGCCUACAUACAAGAUAUUUUUACUUGCUAAUAUAUCAUUUUUGCAGUGUUCAUAGUCAAAUGUUAUUACUGUGAUGCUUGUUCUUUGUGUACAUAUGCAAUAGUUGAUUUUCCUGCUUAUAAACACUUGGAGCAGGUUCUGGGUGCUGGACUCAGCCUUUAAGAGUGGAGGUGGGGAAAACCAUGACAAAUUGUCAUUUCAUACUUUUAUUACCAUUCAGUUUCUGUUUUAUUAAAAUGUCUGCAAUAAAUGUAGAAAUGGAUACACCA